AUGCCGCUGCGGCUGGCGCUCUGCCUGCUGGCGCUCUGCAGCCCCGCCGCCGCGCACGGUGGAAUCUGCUGGCUGCAGCAGGGCAAGGAGGCCAAGUGCACCAUGAUCCUCAAGACGGGCGUGACGUGGGAGGAAUGCUGCGCCAACGGCAACGUGGACGUGGCCUGGUCCAACUACACCUACCCAGGCAACAAGAUCAGCCUGCUGGGCUUCCUGGGGCUGGUCACCUGCCACCCCUGCAAAGAGAGCUGCGAGGGCGUGGUGUGCGGCCCCGACAAGGUGUGCAAGAUGAAGCACGGGCGGCCCCAGUGCGCCUGUGCCCCCGACUGCUCCAGCCUGCCCCGCAAGCUGCAGGUCUGCGGCUCCGACGGCUACACCUACCGGGAUGAGUGUGACCUGCUGACAGCCAAGUGCAGAGACCACCCCGACCUCGAAGUGAUGUACCAGGGAAAAUGCAAAAAGUCCUGCUCCAGCGUGGUGUGCCCUGGCACACACACCUGCGUGGUGGACCAGACGGGCAGUGCCCACUGCGUGAUGUGCCGGACAGCGCCCUGCCCCGAGCCCACCAGCCUGGACCGUGCCCUGUGUGGCAACAACAACGUCACCUACCCGUCGGCGUGCCACCUGCGGCGUGCCACCUGCCACCGCGGCCGCUCCAUCGGCGUGCGCCACUACGGCAGCUGCUCAGCUGCUGCCAAGUUCUCUGCAGAGACGGACAGCGUGGAGGAGAACUACGUGUGAAUCGUCCCUCGGCCGAGCUGGGAGACAGGGGCAUUAUGUGUAUAUUGUACAAACCAUAUACCUGAUAUUUAUUAAGAUUUAAAAUGAUCCUUAUUUAUCCCUGUGUAUGUUAAGCAGUCGCAGGGGGCUCCAUUCCCAUCCUGCCAGCCAGGGAGCAGGGGAAGGGGGCUCGAGGUGCCCAGGGAUGCUCUGGUGCCCUCCUUUGCUGCCAGGGCAGUGCGGAGGGGUGUCCGUGGGCUCCCCCCACGUGUCCUUGGCCAGCAGCCCCGGGCCUAUUUAUUUUUGGAUGAAUUCUCGGUACUCUGCUGACGUUUCUGGCCAGGAGCUCAAGGUCUAGAGGGAAUCUGCACUUUCGCCUUCCCCGAGGGGCUCGGCCCCAGCUGCCAGUGGCAGGAAAGGCAGUGCACGCUGCAGCAGAUUGGAGAGAGAUAGAUAUAUAUUUUUAUAUAUAUAUAUAUAUAUAUAAAAACAUAUCUAGGUUGUUGUCUCCUAAAGUUUCAGCACGUGUGUGUUCAAAUGGAUUUCAGUUUGGGUUUUAAGUGGAUUUCAGUUUAGGUUUUUUUCCUAGGCCCGUUCAGACCAGGCUCCCACCAGCUUUAGAGGUGAUGCCAGUGCCUGGAGGGUUGGGACAGUGGCAGUCCUGCCUGGGGGGCACAAUUGUCCCCCUACUAGAGCCCAUCAUCCAUGGCAGCUGCCCCCAGCCCCCCUAAUCCCUGCCAGAACAGCUUUGGGCACAAAGGGGAACUGGCCCUGUCCCCCCCCAGGACCUGCACCCCCUGCUCUGCCCACACCUGUAUUUAUUUUCACUCCUUCUCUCAUUUCUUCCGUUGUCACCUGUGUAAAUACCAGCUCAGCUCUGACACCAAAAAAGCUCUUGACUUUAUAUAAAUAUCAUAUAUAUAUUAUAUAUAAAAAUACCUUAUUUUCUAUUUUUGUAUGACUGGGUUCUGACCCCCGAGGUAGAUGCUUUGGGAACAUCCACAUUCCCUCUUCCAUAUUGUUGGGGCAUUUUACGGCUGUGUUAUGAUUUGGAUUGCAAUUAAAAACCAGAAUAAACA